ACUGUAUUUGUAACGUAUGAAAAAACAUAAACAUUCCGGCGAAGUUUGACAAGGAAUGCAAUUCAAUUUGCAUUCAUUUUGGUAACUUAAAAAAUGCCGUGAAUGAUUUAAAAAUGGAGAAUCAAAUUAUACCUCUGAGUUCAGCGGUAUCAACCAGUGUGUUCAUUUUGACAUUUUUGCUAGUCGGAGUGCCACUUUGGUGGAAAACAACUGAAGUCUAUCGAUGUGAUGUUCCACAUCAUGAAUGCCAGCAACUUCUGGAUGAACCAAUAAUUCAUACAAUACCUGUCAAGCUCAUGCUUGCUGAUCAAAACAUUCAACAAGGUGUUUUAUGGGAAGAACUUUUACAUUCAUCUAAAGAAUUUGAAAAAGCAUUUGAUCAACCAAUUAUAAAAUUUCAUUGGACAAUGAGCAUUAUUACGAAUGGAGAAAAAAAGUUACUUAACCAGUAUACUAAAAUUUCUGAUUUAGAUGCUGUAUUAAACCGUCUUGAAGAAGAUGAUGGAUCAAAUAAUCUUUUAAGAUCUUAUGAUGAAUUAAAAAUUCUUGUUCUGCCUCAGAAUUAUUCAAAAGGACCUAAAUUCUGCCUAGGAGUUGAGAGAUAUGGAUAUGUUUUGAAUACAGAUUCAGAAGUAGAACAUCUUGUCCACAACAUUCUAUCUCUUGUUAAGAAAAUGACUCAAGUCGAAAGAUUAAGAAAGCUUUAUACCCCGCCUUCAUCCAACAGUCAAGACAUGAAGCCAGACAAAGACCGUAUGAGAUCACUAAAAUCAUCCGUUUCAUUUGACAUCACAUUUAGCUUGAUUGUGCCUGAGCCUCAAAUUCUAGAUGUACACUGGAAUAUUCAAAACGCAAUCGAUGCAUAUAUGAAGCAGUAUCUAGAAGAGCUGAAAAUUAUGUUAAAAAUCAACAUCAAAAGUCAGAUUUUGUACAUGACAUCAUUGCCUCUGCCCACUCAGUUACCCAUGAGUGACGACGGAAAAGAGUUUAUUUUGAAUUCAGACCUUUUACCAUCCAUUAUUAAUCCAAUUGAAGCAAGAUUAGGCACUGAAACAUCAGUACAUUCAAACUUGAAUUUUGUGAUAUACAUACCAACAGAAAAACAAAUGCCUCUUCAAAUUUAUGAUCCUAAUGGGAAACCAUUGAAAUCCAAUGCUUUCUUAUUGCCCCAGUGGGGUGGAUUUCUCAUUUAUAACUGUUUAGUGCCUGAAAAUACAUCACUGCCAUAUGAAGUGCAUCUCAACCAGAAAGCUUUCAUGGAAGUUUUCCUUGCCCAGUUUCGUUUACUACUGGGUUUACCUGAUAUUAGUGAUUUAGUGGAUGAUACAUGCCAAAUGUUGCCUAGUUUGACGUUUCGUAAAUGGGAGAUAGACUUUCUGCUGCGCAAGAAUACCCAAGAGCAUUUGACAGCUGCAGCAUUGUCGCUUUCUUCUCUGAGUAAAUUAUUGCAGACAAUUGGAAACAUUGUUAUAAAAGAUGAAGUUGGAGAAAAGAUAUAUUUUGCUUUGGCAUCCAGUAAAGACAGUUUUAAUUACCUAUCUGAAGGUUUUUUGAAAGAGGGAUUUUUGAAAGCUAAAACCGCAUUCAUAUCAUCAGAUGAAGCAUUUUUUGAUCCUUCUCUACUUGCUCUCUUGUAUUUUCCUGAAGACCAAAAGUAUGCCAUUUACAUUCCAUUGUUCCUGCCAAUUAGCAUACCAGUGGCAUCUUCUGUUUUUCGACUUUGGAAAUUUUAUAAAAAUUAUAAAGGAAAGCAAAAGACAGAUUGAAAUGUAUUUUAAACUUAAAUAUUAUGUAAUGCAAACUUAUGAUAAAGAUUAUUCAUAUGCAGUA